CUUGGCACCCUGUACAGACUUCUCAUAUUCAUCUAUGACCACUAUUAAUCUUGAGAAUACCAAUGAAGGAGGCAUAAUGUCCUUGACAGAUAUACCAUACAUCUUUAGUACUUCUAUAAUAUACAUAUAAUACACGUAGGUAUCUAAUUAACAAAUAGAAAAAAAAAACUCGUUUUGUAUAUUUAAUUGGUACAUAAAACCCAUCCUUUGUCACACCUAUGUUCAGUUCUGCGGUGGCAGUGCACAAUAUCACCUUGUAAUAUAAAUACAGUGGGGUCGCUCGGGAGAAAACUUUUUCAUCCUUUCAAUAUUUAAGACGCAUCCCCAAUCGUGUCGAGCAUAUGAAUCAUCUGCUGCGACUGAUUAAAUCUGAUAUUGACCGCAAUUUGAUCUUGUCAUCAGCUAGUUGGUCUUUAUUGAGGAUAAGUCAAAACUUGGAGCAGUCCCUGCUCAAUGAAAUGCACCUUCGACAUUUUGUAAAUGCGAACCGAUUUUUUUUUUAAUUCUUUUCCCUGCGGGUGGGUAAGUACAUUUGUGGCGUCAAUGUGUCGCUUACUUUUUAUCAACUUUCGGCCUAAGCAAAGCGAGUAUUCGAGGAAGUCUGGCCUAGUGCGGUGUAGAGACUUUUUCAGGACAUCAUCCCUAGGUUCUUGGCACGCCAUGCAUCACCUAAUAGAUAAUCGUUACAGUUUUUUACCAAUAAAUCGUGACGAUGACUGAAAACGAGAAGUACGCGGAUUACAUAAAGGUACCCAACUCCACCUGGACGCGACCGAAGUGUCCAAAAAAGGUUUGGCGUAUCGUCCAGGGCCGUAAGAAGAUGAACGACGGUGAAAUACCCAGAUUCAUUAUACAGGAAAUUCCCGAAGAACUGGAGGAGUUCAUUAUAGACUCGAUGCUACCCCAGUAUCUCGCUGCAGAACCAAUUUGCAGCAGUCUAGAUAUGCAUAAUGAUCAGCAGGCACUACGAGAAUUUCGGACGUUAUGGAAGAAUAUUUUCCGUCAGGGAAUUAGCAUUGCUGUUCUGAAAGUGAAUUCCGAUUCUACCGCGGAACCCGUCAUAGCUGGUUUCAAUAUACUGCACGUAUUGACUGCGGAAGACAUCAAUUGUCGAAUCGCUCGUCGUGAAGACACGUCUCUUGGUGUGCGAAACAGCAGUCUGAAAAAACUGGUUUCAGUCCUAGGACAUAUGAGACACAACGCUGACAUACUGGGUGAAUUCGGAGUCGACAAAUACUUGGCCGCCGUAGGACUCUUCGUUCACCCUACUUUCCGAGGUCAAGGACUCGGAGAGGAGCUUCUUCGAGCACGCGGUGACGUAGGUUGCGCCUACCGGAUUCCAGCGACUGCAACAAUUUUUAGUGCACCGUCGUCUAUAAUUUCGGCAACUCGCGCUGGCUUCGAAAUUCUGGUUGAGAAACAAAUCAGGGAUAUCGUUGAUGCGGAGGGAAAUGUCGCCUUCCCUCUGACAGAGAUUCAAGAAAUGAAGCUCAUGGGAAAGAGGUUCUACUGAAACGUCCAAAAUCCCUCGAAAUUCCAUUUUUACAUUCAUUGUCAGUGGUAUUUUGAAAAUGUUACAACGGUGAAUUACUCAAUGAUUUGUUCUAUAUUGUUGUUCAUAUCUCUGGACUGUAAUUUAUCAAAUGAAUCCGAUUGGAUUCAUUGCGCGCAACCACCCUUGUCCUAUUGUUAUAUCGUUUCCAAAAAUGCAUAUUUUUCUGUCAUUUUCGAUUACGGUUUAUUCGAAGGACAACACUCGUGUGUGUCCAAAAAUUGAACCUUACGCGAUACAUGAUACUUCUAACUUGGUUACUCAUACUUUUUUUUUGUAAUAACCCACUCCAUUAAAUUUGGGAUAAACACGUACAAGAGUCGAAAUAGAAAACUUGAUGUUUACAGAAAAAUAUAUAUGUAUAUAUAUUUAUUAAAUAUCAUAUCUACUAUUUUCAUUAGAAUUUUCAUUACAACAUAUUCAUCGUAUAAUACAUUAGUAAUAAUAUAUCAUUUUUAUGAAUGAAAAUAGAUUUCUUCUAGAUGCUUCAGGUUACAGAAAACUUUGAAUUUCACAAUGUUAGACAUGUUUUCCCGUAAAGUCAUAUUCAAAUCUUUUUCACCCAUAUUACAUCUGGUUCUCUGAAAAUAGAUAUUACAAUUUGAAUUACUUUUCACAAAGAUUUUCUUCUGUAUUUCUAAUUACUCAUCUCUUUCGUGAAAGUUUUAAAUAAUUUCUUUUAUCUUUACUUAUAUCAUAGAUAAAUUUUGCGGUUAAGAGAAAUAAUAUAUAUAUUUGUAUAUAUAUUUGUAUAAAUUAAAUUCAGGUAAUAUUUUUUACGUCAAUCGUAAAUAUUUUGUGCUGUAUAUUAUAUAAAUUCUCUGCCGCAUCCAUGCAUCACGUUAAAUAUCGUUAUCGUGCAUUCAAAAUAUUUAAACCUAAAUAUCUCUGUGUACCGCGAAUGUUUUAUGUUCAUGUAGUUACUGUUAAAAAUCUGAGUAAACCACUGAGUAAACCACGAUUG